AGCGGCAACGGAGCGAAAAUUUAAGUUUUUUAACUGCUCGUUUAUUUUUCAAAGCGUCAAAAUGUCUGAAGUCGGAAAAUUUGUCAAGGCACCCAUAACCCCGAACGUCUGCGAAAAGCCAAUUAAGGAAAACAAAAUGGCGGAAGUCGGGAGAUACGUCCGAGCCCCGACAGUUCAGGAACCAGUUUACGAAGAAUAUUUUGACCUCGGUGGAUCGGAAAAUGCAACAGAGACGCCUGUUCAAGGUAAUGCGGAUUUUGCGAAGCGGUUGGAUGAAUUCGGACAGCUACUUCAAUCGCUGAUUGAAAAAUCCGUAAGAAGUGAAAACCAGCAACCGCUAUUUGUCGACAAUGACUGGGGGCGCAACACUGAGCAACCAGCGCCGCUACAGGACGAAGCAAGUGCUCCACCAUCAGCAGCGGCACCACCAGCAGCUAGGGCACCACAGUCACCGGCUGGCAUCAAAGACAGCAUCUCGCGAUCGGAAACGAUAAUAUCGACUGAGCUCAGGAUUUUAUCGAUGUCGGCAUUGGAGUGCGAGGCGUUUUCGCCGAGAACAGCCUGA